CGAGAAUGAUGAAGCACUGUAGGCUACAUGUGGGCAUUGCGGAAGCCCUUUGGAGGCUUGACAAAUUUGGCCAAUCAGAAGAGGACCGAAUGGACGUUGAAAUUGACCCAGGACACAACCUAACGGACCGGGAAGACUUGGACGCCGGAAUACAAGCCCCUUGUUCAUCUAACGGCAGUGGCGGGGAGGAGGAUGAGUCGGAGGCCAUUGAUCGGGAAAGAGAAGCCGGGGGCUCGAUUCUUCAGCGCAACGGGGAAGGAGUGUUGUUGGGCAGGGAGCAAGAGGUGUCGGUCGAAAUCGGAGAGACGUAUUUAUGUCAGCGAGCCGACAAAACAUGGCAUUCUGCUGAGGUUAUCCAGUCCCGGCUGAACGAACAGGAGGGCAGAGAGGAGUUCUACGUACACUAUGUUGGAUUUAACAGACGUCUGGAUGAGUGGGUGGGCAAGGCUCGCCUGGCACUGACCAAGACGGCGAAGGACGCAGUGACAAAAAUCGCUGAGGGUGGAGGAGGGGGCGAGCUGGGGGAGCAGCCCGAGAGGAAGAUCACCCGCAACCAGAAACGCAAACAUGAUGAGAUCAACCACGUGCAGAAGACGUAUGCAGAGAUGGACCCCACCACAGCUGCCCUGGAGAAGGAGCAUGAGGCGAUUACUAAAGUGAAGUACGUGGACAAGAUCCAGAUUGGCAACUUUGAGAUUGACGCCUGGUACUUCUCCCCAUUCCCAGAGGACUACGGCAAACAGCCCAAGCUGUGGAUCUGCGAGUACUGCCUCAAGUACAUGAAGUACGAGAAGACCUUCAGAUACCACCUGUCCCAAUGUCAGUGGAGGCAGCCUCCAGGGAAAGAGAUCUACAGGCGGAGCAACAUCUCUGUAUACGAAGUGGACGGUCGUGACCACAAGAUCUACUGUCAGAACCUGUGUCUACUGGCCAAGCUCUUCCUGGACCACAAGACGCUGUACUUUGACGUGGAGCCUUUUGUCUUUUACAUCCUGACUGAAGUCAACAGGCAGGGAGCACACAUAGUGGGAUACUUCUCCAAAGAGAAAGAGUCGCCAGAUGGGAAUAACGUGGCGUGUAUCCUCACCCUCCCACCCUACCAGCGCAGAGGAUACGGAAAGUUCCUCAUAGCCUUCAGUUAUGAGCUGUCUAAAUUGGAGAGUACAGUAGGUUCUCCAGAGAAGCCCCUGUCAGACCUGGGCAAGCUGAGCUACAGGAGCUACUGGUCCUGGGUGCUGCUGGAGAUCCUCAGGGACUUCAGGGGUACGCUCUCCAUCAAGGACCUCAGUCAGAUGACCAGUAUUACCCAGGGUGACAUCAUCAGUACACUACAGUCCCUCAACAUGGUGAAAUACUGGAAGGGCCAGCAUGUCAUAUGUGUCACUCCCAAACUGGUUGAGGAACACCUCAAGAGCGCCCAGUACAAGAAGCCGCCAAUCACAGGUUUGCAGGUAGCCCAGAGCUUAAGAACGUUGGGCCAGUAAUUGAAAGGUCGCUGGUUCGAAUCCCUGAGCCGACUACAUGAAAAAUGUGUCUGCCUUUUGAGCAAGGCACUAGCUGACCUCUCUCUGAGAGUGUUUCAGGGAUAUGCAAAAAUUCAGAUUGACUUGCAUAUAAUAUACACUUCAUGUGUGAAAUAGAACAAAUGUAAGCACCCACUUUUUUAUUAUUCCCUAUAUAGGGAAUAGGGUGCCAUUUGGGACAAGCCCCUAGUCCCUUCAUUUGUAAGUACUUAUCAGAAAGGACUGAAUACUUUUUUUUGUGGCCUUGGUUCCAUCUGAAAUAUACAGCAAAAUGAUUGAAUACUUUAUAGAGUUUACCUCACAGAUUUGAAAAAUGUGUUUUGCUAUUGUGUUUAAAAAACAAGUAUUCAGACCCCUUGACUUUUUCCACAUUCUGUUACGUUACAUCCUUAUUGUAAAAUGCAUUAAAUAAAUACAUACAUCCUCAGCAAUCUACGCACAAUACCUCAUAAUGACAAAGCGAAAACAGGUUUUGGGAAAUUUUUUCAAAAGUAUUCAAAAUAAAAACUGAAAUGCCUAAUUAAAAUGGGUAAUGUUGAAGGAUUAAUGUUCUCUCUCUUAGAAAAUAGUCCUGAUCAUAUAGGUCUAAUCCUAGACAAUAAAAAAUAAAAAAAGAACAAUACCCAGAAUCCUUAAUUUUAAAUGGUAAAGUCAUGUCUUCCUACACAAUAACAAAACACAUUUGUUCAUUUUUGCAAAAACAAAUCUUUUGAGAAUCCUUAUUCUCGUGGUCUGAGAGUCUUUAGGUGCCUUUUGGCAAACUCCAAGCGGGCUGUCAUGUGCUUCCGUCUGCCUACUCUACCAUAAAGGCCUGAUUGGUGGAGUGCUGCAAGGACUGUUGUCCUUCUGGAAUGUUCUCUCAUCUCCACAGAGGAACUCUUGAGCUCUGUCAGUGACCAUUGGGUUCUUGGUCACCUCCCUGACCAAGGCCCUUCUCUCCCGAUUGCUCAAUUUGGACGGGCAGACAGCGCUAGGAGUCUUGGUCGUUCCAAACUUCUUCCAUUUAAGAAUGAUGGAAGUCACUGUGUUCUUGGGGACCUUCAAUGCUACAGAAAUGUUUUGGUACCCUUCCCCAGACCUUCCCCAC